GUUCACUUUAUUUAACAGCUGGUACUUAAUUUAAGACACGCUUUGUCUGGCAAGAACUGCAUGUAGUAUUGACUGUUCUGAAUGGUCUGGACUGAUGUGAAGGACCAAAAACCAUGAUUCAACUGCAAUAAAAGAUGCAACUUCAGGCACCAACUUCAGCUACUAAAGUGGAGUUUCCCUAACACAAAAUGGUGUUCGCAUCCAAACUCAGGAUUGCAAUCUUUGGAAAAAGCAAGAAUGAAGAGACGACACUAACUAACAUACUCACAGGAAAACAAGAUUGUUCUAAUACAAAAAUGACAAUGAUUUUCAAGAAUUGAUUGAGAAAAUGGAGAACAUAGUGGGUGAAAACAGGGGACAAUAUUUGACUUUCACUGAAGAGACUGAGACCAUGGUUGAACCUGAUUGGGAAAAUCCAUCUUUUACAAGACGUGGAUCAGAAGCUUAUGAAUAUAAUAGUAGAGAGCCUCCCAGGAUAGUGCCGAGAAGAACGUCUGCUAGUUUCGUGCAGAGUAGAGAGUGUCUCAGGAUGGUGCUGAUUGGAAAGACUGGUUGUGGAAAGAGUGCCACUGGAAACACCAUUUUGGGCAAAGAAUGCUUUAAUUCUAAAAUUUGUCAAAUAUCAGUGACCAAGCUUUGCCAGAAAGAAACAGGAGAGAUUGAUGGGCGACGUGUCGUCAUAGUAGACACCCCUGGGUUGUACGACACAACUCUGACUAACGAAGAAGUUCAACAGGAGCUUGUGAAAUGUGUCAGCUUGUUGGCUCCAGGACCUCAUGUGUUCUUACUGGUGCUGCCGAUCGGUCGCUUUACAAAGGAGGAAGAAGAAACUGUGGAGCUGAUCAGGGACUUUUUUGGCAGGAAGUCAGAAGACUUCAUCAUUGUCGUAUUCACCAGAGGAGAUGAUCUUGAAGACCAAACGAUUGAGAGUUACAUAGAAGAAGACACUGAGGGAUCCUUAAAAAAACUGAUAACUGAAUGUGGAGGAAGACACCAUGUCUUCAAUAACAAUGAUCAGGAGAAUCAUUCUCAAGUUAGCCAGUUGCUGAUCAAGGUUGAGGCAAUGGUGAAGGAAAACGGCGGUGGCUACUACACCUCAGAUUGGUUCCAAGAAACUGAAGCAGCCAUACAAAAAGAAAAAGAGUUCAUGAUGGUGAAGGAACAAGAGAUACAGAGGAAACAGAGGGACCUCGAAAGAAACAAUCAAGAAGAAAUGCAAGAGAUAGAAAGAAAAUUGGCAGAGCUAAGAUCUAAACUUGAUCAAGAAAGAGAAGAGAGAACCAAAGAAAAGGAGGAAAACAUCAAGAAGAUAGAGGAAUUCCAACGACAAGAGUGGAAAGAGAAACUUAAAACUCUGGAGGAAAAACUACAAUAUGUAUCUGCACAAAGUGCUUUCUGGGUGUUAUUAAUACAGGCUAGAGAAGAUAUGAGAAAAGAACGAGAGACUUGGGAGAAGGAAAGAAAGGAAUGGUGGGACAAACAAUACCAAGAAGAUCAACAGAAACGAGAGGAGGAGCAAAAACGACUUGAAAAGUUCAGACAAGAGCAAGAAUUUAAAAGGUUUGAAAACAAAAGAACAGAAGAUGAUUCAAUCAGAAGAGAAUAUGAAGAAAGAGAAUGUAAAGAACUACAAGAACUCUAUCUAUCUAAGAAGAAAUUAGAGGAAAUGAAGAAAAAUGAAGAGGAGGCCAAAAAGCAAGCUAUUGAAAUCAGCGAGAUAUAUACAGAGGUUCUUUCAGCUGAGAUAGAAAAGAAUGAAAAGGAAAUGGAGGAUUCUAAGCAGACGGAACAAAAUCAAAAUGCCUCAGUGAUAAAACAGUUGUGCAGACACAAAGUAUACCAGAAAGACUUUAAGAAAUUGAAGAAAAAACAAGAACAAGAAAUGAAUGAGCUGAAAUUGACACUUGACAACAAAAAAGAAUAUUUGAACGAAGAAAUCGAUGAGCUGGAGAAAAAACAUAAAGAGGAAAUACAUAGCUGGAUACAGGAACAUGUGAAGAAAGUCAGCGAAAACAAGGCUUGCCACAUUUUAUGAGAUGUUUUUUCAACACCCGCACAGUUUCAGCUGAAAAACUGUGAGCUUUUGUUUAAAAACUUAAAAUAUAAAGGGAUUAUUUUUUCAUGUUAAACUGGUGUAGCCUAUAAUGCUGGCCUAUGUCUGGUUGUUUAGAUAUUAUACCUUUAUUUAACUUAUGUCUGACAAAAAAUGUAACAAUAUAAUACAUUAUGUUUUAUAGUUGUAAGUGCAAAUGUCUGUGAACAGAUAACAAUUUUAGUGGCCAGUGCACUGUAGCACAUCAUUUGUUAACGUAUUACCUUUAAGAGCUGAUUAAAUUUUAAUUUUAAUUUUAUACUUUUGAUUGAUCCCCAGUGGUGAAAUUACAAUGUAUGCAUGUUCAAUAGCUGUAAAGUUCAUUGUAUCUGUGUAACAGACUGGAUGUUAGUAAACAUGUCUUAUCAGCUGCAGCCUGUAUUGUCAUUUAAUAUGACUUUGUCUUUUUGCAAGUCAAAAAAAUGAGACAAUACAGUGAAUGUUAAGUAAGUUAGUGAAACCUAAUACACAUAAUGCAUAAAAGAUAAUGUAUCUGUUUUUGUUUUACAAGGAAACUUUUAUAUUUACAUGUACAUAAUUGUAGUCAUAAAAUGUUACUAAAUAGUCCUAGCCCACACUGAAAAUAUAUUGCAUUCUUCUGUUCAGUUGUGUUAUAAUUAAAAAAGGUUAAUACUGCAUUUGUCACCACAUUAGGAAAGUUAAGAUGGCUUAAUUCAUUCAGUGAGUCAUUCAGAAUAUUUCUCCUCUGCACAAACUGCAAAUAUGUUCUCUUAUUUCUUGUAAACACAUGUUUUAAAAACAAUUCACUAUUUUACAAAUGGAUAUAGAUGAAUGAAGUGGUUGAAUCUUUACCCUUUUUUCCUUUUACAGCUGAUAUAUGAAAAAUGAUAAGCAUGUCCUACUGUGACAAUGUUGGGAGCCUACGAUCCAUUGGCCUUUAAACAAUGGUCUACAAUGUGUUGUUCUGAUUUUGCUAGAAAAAAAAUAAGCGCAGCAGACUUUGCAUGGUUGUAGCAUCAACCUUAUAAAUUGAGAUUUUUACACUGCAUUGUACUUUGACAUUAAAGAUCCGUCAGUAACAAGA